GUAGAAGCAUUAAGAGGUGGCUAAUCCACAAAGACGAGAAUCGUGCGGGCUUGUGGCUCUUGCGGCGUUCCUCACCGAGGGUGCUUUGACAAUUUCGAAUUGUAUCAUUAUCUCUUUGCCUAUUGCGUGAGGACAGCUGGACACUGAUCUGCAAACGUCUGGAGGCUGGAUGGACAACAUGUCUCCUCAACAUCAACUGGACAGACUGAGCCAGGGUGCGGGACAAAGCGACAACAGACGGCGGGUGAACUCCCAAAGUCUUCGAUGUCAGUCCGCACCCGCUCUAGUCAUCAGGAAAGCUCUCUCCAGGUCCAAGACCCUUUCCAGAGAGAGCCUUCUGGUUCCUGUGUUCCCAGAGAAAUGCUCAUUGGUCCAGUCCUUUCUGAGAGUGCCCGAUAGGUUAUUUCUCCUACAUGGGCACAUUCAGUUAAAGACUGGCAUGCAGACACAGGACAGAAACCUCUUCCUCUUCACAGACAUCCUAGUGAUCGCCAAAGCCAAGUCAGCCAACCAAUUCAAGCAGAAGGCCCAGGCGCUUGUAUGUGAAAUGUGGACAGCAAGUUGCAUGGAGGAGGUGUGUGAAGGAAGCACCUGCCCUGAGAGGAGCUUUGUCAUUGGCUGGCCCACAUGUAACUCCGUUGCAACAUUCAGCUCAGCGGAACAAAAAGAGAAAUGGCUGUGCCACCUGAAAAGUCGAAUUAAAGAGGAAAAAGAGAAGGAAGAACCUAAGACCAUCCCUCUCAGAGUGUAUGGGAAGGGACUUAAUACUUACGCUGUUACCAAGACUUUGCCCGUCAGCAACUCUGAUUCAACCAAUGAGGUGAUCCGACUGGCUCUGCAGCAGUUUAGCAUUAUUGGUAACGUGAAGGACUACCAGCUGUGGAUCCUCUCCAAGAGGGACAAUACACCCUAUCCACUCAUUGGUCACGAGUUCCCCUUCAGUAUCCAGAUGAGUCAUGUGCGACAAGCGUUGACCCACAGCGCUACAGCGCCAGAGGACAGAGACUGGGCGAUACAGGCGGAGCAGCUGCAGAUGCACAAGCGGUGCCAAUUUAUCCUCAAAGCCCGCCCUGAGGAAACACUUCAACCGCAGGUGGCGACAGAGUUCCCACAGAAGCCAUUUAAAAGGAGGCGCUCGCUCAUCACUUGGGCCUUUCUGCGAGGUUCCUCCCAUCAGCUGGCGUCGUCCAUGGGCGCCGCUUCUCAAGGCUGCUUGUUCGGCCGCCCCCUCAGUGUCGUGUGUGUAGAAGAGGCUCUCCCAAAGCCUGUGAUGGACAUGCUGGCACUCCUGUAUCACGAGGGCCCGUGGACGCGGGGCAUCUUUCGGCGCCCAGCGGGUGCUCGGGCCGUCAGGGAGCUGCGGGAUUCAUUGGAUUCUGGAGAGUUCCUUCUCCCGCUUACUCGAGACCACAUCUUCAUCAUUGCGGGUGUUUUCAAAGACUUCCUGCGCAACAUUCCCGGCAGCCUGUUGUGUUGCGAGCUGCACGAAGAGUGGAUGGACGCGCUGGCCGAUGAAGAGGGGGAGGAGGAGCAAGUGCAAGAAAUAAAACGGAUGAUGUGUCGGCUGCCUAAUGGCAACGCCUUGUUGCUACGCUACUUGCUGGCUGUGCUGCAUGUUAUCCGAGGCAACGCCCACGAGAACCAGAUGACAAGCUUCAACCUGGCGGUGUGCAUUGCUCCCAGCAUGCUUUGGCCUCCCGGGGCACUGUGCAGCCCUGAAGCAGAGAACGAAGGAACCAGGAAGGUUUGUGACUUGGUGAAGUUCAUGAUAGAACACUGCCAGCAGAUUUUGGGAGAGGAGCCUUUCUCUCUGUUUGGAGGCUCACCACAGAGACUCAACACCCAGGAGACGGGACUCUGUGACAAGUGGACGUACCCUUUGACAGAUUCGUCCUACGACAGUCUUGAGAACGAAUUGGAUACCAGCAGUGGUGGCUCGCCGAGCUUUUGCGGCAGACGUCUCCGAUCCAAACCAGGCAGUCUGGAUUCGGUCCUCACGUUCAGCGACUAUGAGCAGGACACGGACCCGGAUGUGCGCCACACUCGAUGGCAGAGGCAGAGGGGAAGCAGGCAGAUCCAAGAUACACCCAUCGUGGACCCCGCCGCCUCCAACCUGGACAUCCUUUCCCUGCACAGUGUGCACAGGCAGCGUCGGCGAUCUGAGCCAGCAUUGGUGUAUCUAGCGAAGAUUCAGCCGUGCUUCUCUGGGAGCACGGACGGCCUCACUGGCGAGGAUGAUGACGAUGAUGAUGACAAAAGCGAGCGUGCCUCAAAGUUGGGGCUUCACCAGCGGUACAGAAGGUCACUGGCGGCCAUGGAGAAGAGCUCCUCUAGCCUGUCCUCCAACCCCACCUCCCCUGCACCAACACAGACCAAGGCAUGCGCUCCUUCCACAUCCAUCGCCACAAGCUGCAGACUGAUUUUUGGCAAACAUGAGCAGCGAGAGUCAAGUUGCAAAGAGUGUCCAGCAAAAGAGCAUCUUAAAUGGGGUACUUUGAAAAGCUGCAGGAGCCUUCACCCCAACUCUUGGCUGAGGAAAGACCGCAGACUGUCCUUAACUCAACAAGAGAGCUUGGAGAAGAACUCUGCCUCCAGCACACAUACAAACACCACCACCAGUGAUGAAUAUUAGCAUCCUUGGCAGGCUAGUCACUCAUAGUUUAAGCAUCUACAGAUUUUAAAAUACUAUUUAUUUAACAUACAACUGCAAAAGAUCAACUGUAGGGAUAAUAGUGGCCGUUGUCAUCUAAUGUAGUUUACUGUUGUUAGAAAGCAAGUAGUGUACUGUCUGCAUAAAAAAUUGAGCCCUUUCAACAAAGUGAAAGUGUAAAUCCGCCCCCUGGCGGAUAUGUCGCCAUACAGCACUUUGACACUUUUCUUUAUUGUAGCUUGUUUGACUAGCAAGCCGCACACGUCUGUCUUGUCUGCUGUUUGUGUGUGUUGCAUAUUAAAAAGGAAUUUAAUUGUUUUUAAUGGGAGGGACAGAUUUGUAUAGUUAGGAGACAACAAAACACUUUGGCGCCCUCCAUGUCAUUGCUGCAAUUAGAAAAUACAGUGGUGCCUUGAGAUAAGAGUUUGUGUUCCGUGUCCACGCUGUUAACUCAAAACUCUGAUCUCAAAUCAUCUUUGAAAUGAAUGGAAAUGUCAUGAAUCCAUUCCUGCCUCCCCACCCCAGACAAAAGUAGGACUAUAAAAACAAAGGGUGAUCACAUAAUUAAAUAGAAUGCAAAGCAUUAAAGAGUUUGUGCCUCAUGAGUUGAUGUUUCAUCCAUCAGUGUGCUGCGCCAUCUGAUGCCACCAGUAGGUACUAUUGUAUAGUACAGUCAUGUAGACAGUCUGCUGCUGCUGUUCUACCCCUCAGUAAGUUACUGAAAUUUUCUUUUUGGUCAAGGAUGGUGAGUAACGUAUUAUCUCUCUGUGUUGUUCCACCAUAUGCGUUCAAAUAUCAGUUUCUUAAAGGGUUCUAAAACAGCGGCUGUCGAUGCCUACUCUGAGCAUGUCAAUGGCAUUUUCUAUUCAUUGGGUCGUAAUUUGUCAGCAUUAAGCUAGCGGACUUUACUAAGGCAAAUCGGUGGUUGUUUUACAUACACAACUUGUAAUUCUCUAUUUUAUGCUUAGUUUGACCAUAAACCUCAACUGGGAGGGGCAAUAAACAGCUUGAAACCCAUCUUUUUGGAGGAAAUGUUCACCAUUUGUUAAAGUGAGUUGAAUUUAAUUGACUGCCGCCAUAAAGCUCACGUAUCUCAAGUUUGCGCUCGCAAGUCAAAGCAAAAAUUCGGCUGAAUGGUGGGUCGUACCUCGAAAAACUUGUACGUUGGGUCACUCGUAUCUGAAGGUACCGACCGCUGUACUACUUACAAGGGCCGCUGUCAUCUUAGAAUUGUCAACACACCCCUUGUAGCACCCUUGGUUGUGGCAUGGUAGCGAGGAUCGGGCUUCACCAUUGCCCAUCAUAUUCUUUCCUCCAACAGU